AUGGGGCCUCCCGACGUCAAAGGGCUAAAAGGCGUCGAAGCGCGUCUGUCGAAUAAUGGCCCAAGUUAUGUUCCCAUUCGAAACGGCUAUUCGUGUGUGCCAGUUGCCCUGUCCGAGGGUUUGGACAUAAGGUUGGGUACAUCGGUCACAGAGAUAUCGUACGGUGGUCCGGGCGUUACGGUGAAGGCUGUCAACCCACGUGUCCCUAACCAGCCGCAGACUUUUAAGGGUGACGUCAUUCUUUGUACAUUACCAUUGGGAGUAUUAAAAGUUGCGGUAGCGAACAACGGACAGAAUCAGCAGAAUUUUGUGAAGUUCGACCCGCCGUUGCCUGAUUGGAAAGUUGCGGCAAUUAAACGUCUCGGUUACGGUAACCUAAAUAAGGUUGUGCUGUGUUUCGAGAGGACCUUCUGGGACCCGAGCGCGAAUCUCUUCGGACACGUCGGCACGACUACGGCCAGCCGAGGCGAGCUUUUCCUGUUUUGGAAUUUGUAUAGUGCGCCGGUGCUUCUCGCGCUAGUGGCGGGCGAAGCUGCGGCAGUUAUGGAGAAUGUCACUGAUGACGUCAUCGUGGGUCGAUGCAUUGCCGUCCUGAAGAGUAUCUUUGGACACGCAGCUGUACCGCAGCCCAAAGAAUGUGUGGUUACAAGAUGGCGUGCAGAUCCAUUUGCUCGAGGUUCCUAUAGUUUUGUGGCUGUCGGUUCCUCUGGAACUGAUUACGACUUACUAGCAGCACCAGUUCCUGACUCAUCUGGAGAUAAUAGGUUAUUCUUUGCUGGAGAACAUACGAUGCGCAAUUAUCCAGCUACAGUUCACGGCGCCUUUCUAUCUGGACUCCGUGAAGCAGGACGCCUUGCUGAUCUUCUAAUGCCUCAACCUCCUAUAACUAAUGCUAGCGUAGCAGCCGCAACCGCUGCGGCUAACAAUUCUUGAUUGGAACAAAAAAGAUUAGCACGAAAGAGUAAUUAGACCAACAAACUUAAAGAAACAUUUUUAACGAUCAGUCCUAUUUGACAGUGUUUUUGGUUCACUUUGUCAUCAAUUUUACAGCUUACAUGAGAUCAAAUAUUUAAUUAUAAAACAUUAUGUUCACAAAAUUUAUAUAACUUCAAACUCGUUGUCAAACAUGUCGUCAAACUUAUCUUCCAUUAAACAUAAAAUUGUGGACGGGUUGAUAGACACGCUAAAUGAAAUCACAUACUAUCAAAUGUUUGAUUUAACAUGUCGAUUUUGACCAAAGGUUUGAUCGUUUACGGGGCAUUUUAUACGAUUGGACUUUUACGUUCUGACAUUUUAUGAAAUGUCGUAUCUUUGAGGUUUUGUUUGAUUUAAUUAUUAAAGAAGUUUGGAUAUGU